AUGGCCCUGGACCUCAUCCUGCUCCCGCAUUGCGCGGCCUCUCCGCAGCAGAUGGAGGAGCUCAUCUUCGCCGCUUCCGGGGGCUCUGUGGCUGAGAUUGAGUCCAUGCUGCAGCACCCACACAAUCCGGACGCGGCCAACAAUCACAGCGCCACAGCUCUCAUGGCGGCAUCUCGAUCGGGCAAACUCGAGGUUGUGCGCCUCCUGCUCGAGGCCAAGGCACAGACUGACUUGACCAACGACAGCGGCUCGACGGCUCUGUUACUCGCUUCUCGGCAGGGUCACAUUGAAGUCGCGCGGUUGCUGCUGGAGGCUGCUGCCCAGACUGACUUGGCCGACAAGCACGGCGUCACAGCUCUCAUGGUGGCCCCUAUUGACGAAGUGCGACUGCUCCUGGAGGCGAAGGCUCAAACUGACUUGGCCAAAUACGAUGGUUGGACCGCUCUGAUACUGGCAUCGGAGCAGGGUCGCGUGGAGGUGGUGCGCUUGUUACUGGAGGCCGGUGCUCAGGUCAACUUGCCCAAAGUCGAUGGUUGGACAGCCCUCAUGGCAGCAGCACAAUUCGGCUGCGUUGAGGUCGUGCGCACGCUGCUGGCGGCCACGGCUCAAGUCAACUUGGCCACCAUCUUGGGUGUCACAGCUUUGAUGGCCGCAUGUCGGCCGGGCCACGUCGGGGUCGUGCGCUUGCUGCUGGAGGCCGGUGCUCACACCGAUUUGACCGACAAGCGUGGGUUCACAGCUCUGAUACUCGCUUCUGGAAGGAGCUUUGACGGUAAGAUCACGCGUUUGCGCGUUGAGGUCGUGAGGUUGCUGCUGGGGGCCGCUGCAGAGACCAACUUGACCGCAAAAGAUGGUUCGACUGCGCUGAUGGCGGCGUCACGAGAUGACCACACUGAGGUCGUGCGCCUGCUGCUGGAGGCGUGUGCCCGCAUGGACUCGCCCGAUAUUUCCGGCGAUGCAGCUCUGAUGCAGGCAUCUCAACGGGGCCAAGCUCAAGCGGCAUGCUUGCUGUCAGGCAGCAGUGCCAGUGAUGGCUCCGACGUGGCUGCAUCGAGCAGCAAUGAGUCAACUCCAUGA